AAUCAGAUCGCACGUCUGAGGCGCGCUUUUGAGCUUCAUAAUCGUGAUUCAACAUUUUCCGCGCCCACGCUGAGCCCGCUUUCAAGGCUAACAACAAAAACCCAUUUUCCCUCCCAACUUCAAAAUCAGACCUCCAUAAGCAAAAACAAGGAAUGGCACAAGCAGCGAGGCUCAAUCUUCGAAUGCAAAAGGAGCUCAAGCUCCUGCUCACUGAUCCACCUCCUGGUUCGUCGUUUCCAUUUCUCUCUGCCGACUCCGACUUGUCCUCCUUGUCGACCAUUGACGCCCAGAUUGAAGGGCCGGAGGGGACUGUAUAUGCUAAAGGGAUCUUUAACAUUAAUAUUCAAAUACCGGAAAGGUAUCCGUUUCAGCCUCCAAGUGUGACAUUUGCUACGCCGAUCUACCACCCUAACAUCGACAACGGAGGCCGAAUUUGCCUUGAUAUUCUCAAUCUCCCCCCCAAGGGUGCAUGGCAACCAUCAUUGAAUAUUUCAACUGUGCUAACAAGUAUAGGAUUGCUAUUGAGUGAACCCAAUCCUGAUGAUGGUCUAAUGCCUGAAGCGAGCAAAGAGUUCAAAUACAAUAGAAAGGCUUUUGACCAAAAAGCACGAGCUAUGACUGAAAAUUAUGCCACGGCUGGAGCUAGUGGGCACAAUUGCAGGAAUCAGGGCAUUCAAGUCAAUACAGAUCUAAGCACAGUGGUGGAAGUUAAUCAAUCAGAGAAAGAGUCAAAAUAUGAAGUCAGUGAUUCUAUUUCUAGUCAUAAUAAAUCAUACGGGAUCAGUCAGAAGUUGUCAUUAGAAGCUUCAAGCUCAUCUCACAAAAGGGGUAGUGAAGCAGAGGACACUGUCGUGCCAAAUCCCCUAAAAUUUGACUCGAGAAAUUUGGCAACAAAAAGAGAUAGAAAAGAGUUAAGGGAUAUACCUGACAAGUACGCUCUGAGGGAUGAGAAACAGUGUAGGGUUGGGAGGAAGUUGUCCCUCGAAUCCUCAGUUCAAUGUUGUGGAAGAGAUGGUCAUGAUAUGGAUGGAGACCCAGUCCAUUCACAUUCACCGUGUAAUGCACGGGCACUUGCUAUGGCUCAUUCAGAGUCACCAUUGCUGCAGGGUGGAAGCCUUCAAGAACUGCAAGUCCAUCGGCACCAUGACAGCAUUUCCACAUUUGACAGCAAAAUCAUAAGUUCAAAUAAGGCUUUUAAGGUUAGCCAGAAAAUACCAUCGAGAUCUUUGGAUGCUUGCCAAACAAAUGAUGGUACUAAUGAGAAAAUGCUUGUGACUCCUGCAAUAUCACCUUCUCACUCCCAUUCUAAUUCAUCACGUGGGGCCUCGACUAUUAACUCUUAUAUUAACAAUGAUGCACAACAGACUUGUCAGGUUUCAGUGGAAAAUUUGGGAAAUGGCUCUGCUGAUACCAAAUUUAAGAAGGCGUGUUCAGUACGUAAGAAGCUUUCCCUGGGCUAUAAAGGUUCGCCAGGGGGACCAGAAAAGGAUGGCAAGGAGAAUGUAUUGCUGAUUCACAAGGUAUCAUCAAGUCCCAAAACUCAAUGCAGGGCUGGAAUUGGCCAGAGACUGCCUCUGGCUCCUCUGACUCAAUUGCAGGGUAGCAAUAACAGCCGGUUGCUCUUGCACUCGGGGGAAAUUCCUACAGAUGAAUCUCAGAAGCAGCAAUCUGACCAGCAUGAGAAUGAAAAACUGGAUGGCGAGACUAAACAAUGGGGAGAAGAAACACAAGUAGCUGAAACAAUAAUAGUGCUGGAUAGCGAAGACAGUGAGGAGGAAAGCAAUGGCACAGUAAGGUCUAAACUCUCACUCUCGCGCAAGUGCUUAGGAAAGAGAAAAGCUCAAGCUUGAUUGCUGCGCCUAGUCAGGUCCUUGGUGCAAGGAACUAAAAACAUUAGAAUGUAACAGGGCUGCAUAAAGUUAUGCGCUCUGUUGUACCUGUAUCAUUGUAUCGGUCCUAAUAGUAAUAGUGUUACAUUUUUUUGUUGGAUUAAUAAACAAUUGCACAUGUUUAUGGCUGCUAGUGCAAAUUGCUACCAGCCUUUGACUGCCUGGUGGUAGUUAAUAUUUUGUUGAAGAAUUCAGCACGUGCUGGUUGCCUUCUUUGA